AUGAGUGAUGGCUUGCUGCGAGUAUUUUGGCCAUAUGAUCUCCCGCGAUCUUCAUCGACGGGAGUGAUAGUCGGAUGGCGCAACUCGGAGCUGGAUUUAUUCGUGCUCACGGUUUUGGAAGAUGUUGAGCCACGGAAUGUGGACAAUGCACUUCGGGCUGGUAUUCUUUUCAGGAACAGCCCUCAUCCCAUCGUUCGCAUCUUCAGUCUCUGUGGUCGAUCUCAGAUGCAUGUUCUCGGUUCGACAAAUCCAGGUACACCACCCACUUCGUUCAAUCCCGCCCAUCUUCAUGUGACGACACAUCCACCUUCGAAGAAUCAGAUUCCGCGCAUCUACUGCCCGCCGGAGGCGAACUUGUCGGUCCAGGUUAUCAUGUUUCAUCGUCCGCAUCCAACACGCAUGGAGUACAUGUCUUUAGACCCGAUCGCCCUUGCUUUGGGUGAUAAGGUGAAAAUGGUGGAAAACGGUGGACCGUUAUCGGGCAAAGUUGAUUCAGAAGAAGAGAAGGAGAAAGCACGGUAUCGUGUGCUUGUCGACAAGCUGAAAUAUCAUACUGUGGUGAAGCAUGUGCCAUCGCAAAAGGAGCAAGCACUUCCGCUGAUAAUCAGCCAAGUGAACUGUGCCUACGAAAUGAGCCAACUGAUGCACAAAAAUUGUCAUCUCAUCGGAGUGCGUGCAAAGCGUAGCAUGAGUGUUGGUGAACGUGUGGUGGAAUCAGCAACAACCCUUUGGGGGCUAUUCGUCCUUUUUAUCGCACAUAUAUUCUGGCAAUGGAUCUGGCCCGUUGUUACUCGAGUCUUUGUCAUCGGUCUCGUGGGACAUCGGUCAGUUGCAGAGGUUGUAUUGCAGGUUCUUGAGUGGCGAGCCCGGCCCGAUGCUGCUGCAAUUAAAGACAUCUCGGCAACAGCUCAGCAGGUUGAUAUACGGCUACAGCAAUUUUGCUACUGGCCCAUACAAUAUGUCAAGCUACGUCAAAGAAAAGACAACUGGGAGAGUGUGACUACCAGCCAUCCAGAUUAUAUUCGGUUUUAUAAUAGUCUGUGGCUUGUGGCAAACGAUGUGAUCAUUGGAAUCGCUCUCGGCUCAUACAUCAUUGAUAACGCCAACUGGGUGGCCUCACAAAUCAACACCGUUCUCACUGGAUGGACCGUGGUAGGAUUGCAACGCACCAUUUCAUGGCUGAUGGAUUGGCCCGCUGGUUUGAAACUCAACAACGAACUGGCCGCUUUCCUGGGUGACUUGUUUCUCUGGGUCAUUGAGAACUGGGCCGCGUGCAUCGCCAACCUUCAACCCUACCUUCCUCAUGUCAUCUACAUCAUUGGCUGUUCCAGUUUUGCCGGGGCCAGCAUGCCGAUCGCGCUUUUCUCUGACCUUCUCUCCAUUCUGACCGUCCACAUCUACUCCUUUUACAUCGCUUCUGCCCGGAUUUUCAACUGGCAGCUUACCAUAAUCAUCUCGCUCUUCCACCUCUUCCGUGGCAAAAAGCGAAACGUCUUGCGCAACCGAAUCGAUUCAUGUGAUUACGACCUCGAUCAAUUACUUCUUGGCACAAUUCUCUUUACAGUGCUCUUCUUCCUCCUUCCUACCGUGAUCGUCUUCUACCUGACCUUUGCAUCCGCCCGCAUGUUGAUCAUUUCUAUGAAAGCCGGCUUCGAUACCUGUCUGGCAUUCCUUAAUCAUUUCCCACUCUUCGCAUUGAUGUUGCGAGUGAAAGACUCGAUGCGACUUCCUGGUGGUAUUCGGUUCGAGCUCCGAGAGGAAGUGGAUAAACGUUCUACGGAUGAAGAGUCCUCCACUAUCUCCUACAUUCACAUAGAAUCCAUUCCACUACCUCUCCGUGCCAUGUUUGAUCAAUACUUCCAACUUGGCCACCGACUCCGCAAACAUUACCUAGCACCUAGUGUCAUCUUCUGCCUCGUCACUGGCCGUUUUGUGCCACCUAUUCACCGCCGUAACCUGUACAGCAUGCAAUAUAGCAUGUUACCUGCGCGUCGCGCGGGCAUGGCCGAAGUCUGGGCACUGCUUACGCAGACCAAGAAAAGCGGGGGUGGCAGUGGCGGUUCUGGGUCAAUGGCAGGUAGCAUGGGUACUAUGGGCCAUCCAGUACCUAAAGUACCUCCGAACUUUGGCCAGAGUGAUGUCCGGAGACGGGGUCAUCGGUGA